AAAGAUGGCGCCACUAGAGUUUGCUUUGUUACUAUUUUACUGUUUACUUUGGAGCGCACCUUGUAUUAAGGAAUACUUUUGGACCUAUGUACAAGUAUACUUUGAUCUAUAGGUUACAGCGAUACAUGACAGGAUUAUCUUCGACAUUUCAUUUUUUAAUGGCAAUAAAAUUUUAAAUAAUUGGUGCAUAAAUUAUGCGCACAUUUGCUCCACCCUGUUUUAUGUAAAAAACUCGUUACCUCUGCAUUUCUUUUAAUUAAUAACAAUAGUUUAAUCAAAAAUAUUCAAUUUUGUUUAUCUACGCUGAAAGCAAGGAGUAUACUUAUAAUGUCUGAAGGUCAUAAAGACCAUGGUGGCGAUAAAAUGGAAAUUUCUUGCCCGCAUAUAAUGCUUUUUCAUGGUGGGCAUUGCGAGCAAAUUCUCUGGAAGGGUUGGACGGCAAGGACAAUUUUAGAAUUUUCAUUGUCUGCGUUUGCUAUUUUCCUUUUUGCAUUCUUGUAUGAAGGUGUCAAGUUUUUGCGACAGUUCCUUCUUCGUCGAGAACUAGAAAAGAUAUCUAAAAACAAAGAGAAGACAGAUGUUGUAUGCAGUACAAUUGCUGGACUUAAAAAUAAACACAUGUUUAAGCAAUUAACAAGACCUCUACAUCUUAUACAAACCUUAUUGUUCUUAUUUCAAGUUACAUUAUCUAUGCUACUUAUGUUGAUAUUUAUGAGUUUCAAUUACUGGUUGUGCCUUUCAAUUCUAUUAGGCCUUACAGUUGGAUACUUUCUGUUUGGUUGGAUAAAAGACGAUGCCUAUGACAGUGAUUGCUGCAAUUAAAAUAUAUAUUUACUAAUGCAAAGACAUUUGUAUCUAUUAAUACAGUUGAAAAAUAUUUAUUAAGAUAAAAUAAAUUUUAAAAUUAUUUAACUUUCUAA